AAAAUCUCUCCAAUGAUGAUAGUAACAAAACCAAAAUAUCAUUUGUAAACAUCCAUCCAUCAAUCAUUUCAUCGUUUUUCCUCCUCGUCUCCUCCGAUUCUCUCUCAGCCCUGUGGUAUAUCAGUAAACAUGGAGUCUAGCAGGGGACAGAAUGGAAUUCAACUCUUGUUAGCUGCAGAGCAAGAAGCUCAGCAAAUAGUCAAUGCUGCCCGAAAUGCUAAACUAGCUAGACUUAAACAAGCCAAAGAAGAGGCUGAGAAGGAGGUUGCCGAAUUCCGUGCCCAGAUGGAAGCUGAUUACCAAAGAAAGCUCACUGAGACUAGUGGAGACUCAGGUGCUAACGUGAAGCGUCUUGAGAAGGAAACGAAUGAAAAGAUUCAACACCUGAAGAAAGAGGCUGAUAGAAUUUCUAGUGAUGUUGUCGAGAUGCUUCUGAAGCACAUCACUUCUGUAAGGUAUUAAAGUAAACAUAUUAUCACAAGUGAUGUUUUCUGCAAACGUUGUGUUUAUUCUAUUUUGUAUGUGUAUGUCUUAUUUGUUGUAUUCUUGUUAUUGAAUAAAAGCCGGCUCUUAACAUUA